CCCAGCGGGUUGGGUUGGGUUUGAGUUUUUCAAACCCAGUGGGUUUUACCCCGGAUUUUUUUCACGGAUAAACCCAUGGAUUUGGGUUUGGGUUUGGCAAAACCCGACCCAACCCGACCCAUUGCCAUCCCUACUAAUAGCAUCCCUCCUCCAUUGCGUCCAGAGAUGGCCGGGGUGCAGGGGCUGUCGAUUCCUUAAUCUCUCAUCAUGAUGGUAAGUGGAAGGAAGACUUGCUUUGUCAGCUUUUUGAGAGCGGUACUAUUGCCCAAAUUCGGGUCAUUCAUCUGCCAAGGGUUCCGAUUCAAGAUAGGUUGAUCUGGCAUCAUGAGAUGUCGGGUACUUACACGGUUCGAUCGGGGUACCAUCUAGCAUCAGAUCUUAGGCUAGAUCGGGAGGUUCAAGCUAAGCAAGGGCCUGUGAUUUGAGAUUCGUGCUUGUGGGGUAAGGUUUGGAGUGCCCCGGUUCCUCCUAAAUUUCAGUUCUUUCUUUGGCAAUUGUUGCGGAGGGUGGUUCCCACAGGAGAAGCAUUAUCGGUGAGGGGAAUGGAGGGGGUUCUUUUAUGCCCCACGUGCUUAUGGGAAGAGGAAUCUGCUGAGCAUUUAUUUUUCCAUUGUCGUUUGGAUGAGGGAUGUUGGGAGGCGUCUGGUCUAGGUUUUCUUCGAAAUGAGUUCGUCUCGGCCUCAGUCGAAGUUUUCUGGCGACGAUUUCUUGAUCAACCAAAUUUGGAGGAAGGAAUGCUCAUGCGGGUCCUUGCUCUCUUCUGUCGUAUAUGGAAAGCUCGAAAUUGGGUGGUUUUUGACUCCACAUUGUUUACCCCUGUCGUGUUGCUCUCUCAGUUCAAUAGACAGGUGGCGGAGUGGGAGGCAGUGCCUUUGAGUGGGAUUACGUCUUUCCCUGCUCUUGGGAUUGGGCUGGGGGGGGGGGGGGGGGUGUCAAGGGGGGUGCAGGAUAGGGAGGGGGCGAUGUGGGUAUUCAUGGAUGGCGCCGUUCGCUCAGGUUCUCAUGGUGCAGGUGGCUGGGUUCUGGAGGAUUCCUCUGGGACGCUGCUUGGGGUGGCUGCCACUUUGUACCCGGAUGUGCAAGAUCCUUUCUUGGUGGAGCUCCUAGCUUUGAGGGACGGGAUACGGUAGGCGUUGGAGAUGGGUGUGCAAGAUGUCGUCUUCGCUGGUGAUGCUCAGGUGGUGCUAGACAAGGUGCAGGAGGACUUGUGUUUGGAUGCCCGUGGUGGGGCGAUCUUGAGCGAGAUUAAGGUGUUGAGGUAGUGUUUUCUCCGGUCUAGUGUUUGUUUUGUUGGACGUGCUCGUAAUAGGGUGUCCCAUUUGGUGGCCAAGAAAGCCAUUUCAUUGUUCCCUAGUUUGAUAGGGUUCAAUUUUCGUACCUGGCUCUGGUCGCCCAACUGACUCUUUUGUAUCUUGAUUAUCUCGUUUAAUACGAAGUAUCUUUUGGCAAAAAAAAAAGUAGGUUAAUAGCAUAAAAAGUCAUUUACAUUUGGGAAAACUUAUGAAUCUGAUCAUUCAUGUUUAAAAUUUGAUAAAUUGGUCACUCACGGGCUUACGUUUCACUAAACGAUAUUAUUUUCAUCAAAUCGUGUGAUUUCAACGUGUUUAUGACUUGGGAUUAUUAGAGAUUACCUUCAUGUGAGAGUGCACACUUUGGUAUUACAACUUAGAGGCAUAAUGAUUAACGAGUGCACUAGUGGGUAGUCAUUAGACAUGGAUUUAAACAUGAAAAUGCUAAUGCAAGCCAAUAUUGUCCGUUCAAUUAAUCAUGUUGGCCAUCCUCGAGCCCAACUAGGAUUCCAUUGAAGUUCAAUUAAUAAAUCUUUUUUUAAUUUUGUAAAAUGACGAAUCAAACAAGCGUGACUAUUCCAUGUACUGGAUCACAUCAAUAAGAAAGAGACUAAUAUGAUUGGAAUGAAGAGCGCAAAUAUGACUGGUCUCCUCUUACGAAUAGAGCAUUAUAGGUCAUGACUAAUCACACUAAAAACGUUACAAGGAACGAUCUCCUGCAACAUCGUUUUAUACAACAAGGAAUACUUAAUUUAUCGAAUAAGAAACAAUCAAACCAAUUGGUACAUAAAACCCUUGAGUAGCACUCCGCUCUCACCCGGGUCGACUACGGCAUUAUCGAAGGUGAUGACCGCGAAGGAUGUUCCUCCUCGUAUAAAAAAAAAACUUAUUAUUGAUAAAAAAAUGCAAAGAAUUGUUGAACUAAUUUAAGUGAAUACAAAUAGAAUAAAUUAAUUUUAGUGGCAAACAUAAACUUUAUACGUAAUUCAAAUGACCAAACUUGCAAUUUAAGGGGUCGUUUGGAAGUUGCGAUUGUUUUGUUGAGAUUGUCAUUAUGCAAGUAUUGUUUACAAUGCAUCAUUUUUUUGUUUUUGUAGCAGAAACAAUACAUGGAUUGUUUUUGUGAUGUGACAGAAACUAUCACUCAUUUUGAGUGAUUGUAUAUCUCAACUUUUAGUUGAGAUUGUUGAGAUAGUUGAGUUGAGAUUGUUUUGUCUCAGCUUUUAGCUGAUGCGACAUACACAAUCACACAUACCAAACGUUGUAUUCUACAAUGCAUCAAAUUCGACAAUACAUGUAUAAUAUUAUACAUGCAUUCUCAACAAUACAUCUAUUUAACAAUCGCAACUAGGGCUAUCAAUCUGGUUUGGUUUGGUUAACCAAACCAUUAAGUAUGAAAAUCCAAAAAUAAAAAACCAAAACCCAAAAACCAAAACCAUUAAGGCCCUUAUUGGUUUUCGGUUGCCAAAAACCAAUAAGGGCUUUAAUGGUUUUGGUUUUGGUUUGGAUAACGAAAAAACCAACAUGUACUCAUACACUCAUAUUUAUUCUCAUUUUCCUCCUUUUUAUUGAAUAAACGUCAUAAUAAUGAUAAAUGGUCAUUACAAAUUAUUAGUUGGCAUGAGUGUAAAAAAAACAAAAAACAAAAAAUUUGUUGAUAAAUAAUUUUGUUCUUAUUGGUUUCUAUUGGUUUUUCGGUUUUAACCAAACCAAAACCAUUAAAUUACUUAUUGGUUU